CUCUCUCUUUCUCUGUCUCGUUUUCUGUACUCGUGUGUUCUUCGAAUCCACGCGUGUCUCUCUCGCCAGUCUCACACUGCUGUUGCGCUCUCAGCGGUAUUCGACUAGCUUGAAUAAAAUCGUUCACUCUCUCGCACAAAAUUCCGAAAGCAGAAACAACCAUGGCUAAAGUAACUGGCACUCUCUACACUUACCCGAAGAACUACCGUGCCUACAAGGCGCUCAUCGCCGCGCAGUACUCGGGCGCCCAUCUCGUCGUGCCCAGGGACUUCGUCUUCGGCGAGACCAACAAAAGCCAGGAAUUCCUCAAGAAGUUCCCCCUUGGCAAGGUUCCAGCGUUAGAAACCUCCAAAGGCGAUUACAUCACUGAGAGCAAUGCUAUUGCUUACUAUGUUUCCAAUAAUGUGCUCAGAGGAGUUAAUGAUGUUGAACAAGCUGAAAUUAUCCAAUGGAUAAGCUUUGCUGAUGCAGAGAUUCAGCCAGCUAGCAGUGCAUGGGUUUUCCCACUUUUGGGUAUUAUGCCCAUGAACAAGCAGAAUGUUGAAGCUGCUAAAGAAGAUGUCAAGAGAGCACUGACUGUCUUGGACAAACAUUUGACUUCCAAGACUUACUUGGUUGGAGAAAGAGUUACUUUGGCUGAUAUCUGUGUUGCCAUGACUCUUUUGUACUUGUACCAAUACAUUUUGGAACCUAGUCUACGUGAAUCCUACCCAAAUCUCAACAGAUGGUUCCAGACUUUCAUGAAUCAACCUCAAGUUUUGGCUGUUGUGCCAAAUUUCAAACUGGCUGAGAAAACUUUGGAAUUCGACCCCAAGAAGUACGCUGAAUUGCAAGGAAAGGUAUCUGGCAAGAAAGAAAAGAAAGAAAAAGAGCCUAAAGAAAAGAAACCAAAAGAAGAGAAGCCAAAAGCAGCUGACAAGCCUACUAUUGGAUGGAAGUCAGAAGUUAUGGAUGCUGCUGAAGCUGCAUUGGCUGCUGAGCCAAAAUCUUCCAAUCCCUUCGAUAACAUGCCCAAAGGUACCUUUGAUAUGGAUGAUUUCAAGCGAUUCUACUCCAAUGAAGAUGAAGCUAAAUCAAUCCCUUACUUCUGGACCAAGUUUGAUCCCCAAAACUACAGCAUUUGGUUCUGUGAAUACAAAUACGCUGAUGAACUUACCAAGACUUUCAUGUCUUGCAAUUUGAUCAGUGGAAUGUACCAGCGUUUGGACAAAAUGAGGAAGGCUGCAUUUGCCAGUGUAUGUCUGUUUGGAACUGAUAAUGACAGCACCAUCAGUGGUAUCUGGGUAUGGAGGGGUCAAGAUCUUGCUUUUGAGCUGUGCCCCGAUUGGCAAAUAGAUUAUGAAUCUUACAGUUGGACUAAGUUGGAUGCCGCUGACCCAAAAACAAAAGACCUUGUAGCACAAUACUUCAGCUGGACUGGUAAAGACAAAGACGGUCGCGACUUCAACCAAGGAAAAAUCUUCAAAUAGACAUUUUUAUGAUAAACCGUUUUGAAUAAAUUAAAAAUGGCAAUAGCUAAAGAUAUUGUGAGAUGCAUUUUAUCUGUGGUUUUCUUACAAGUGCUAUGCUAAAUUAAUAACCACACGUUGCUUUUUGAUCCAUGUUUUCUUAUGAAAAUACAGUCAAUUAUUGAUUAUUUUCAAUUUCUU